CAGUGCGGUGGCGGGCAGUGUCGUAUCGGGCGCUUCUUCCGAUUUGGGCUACCGGCCCUUCUCUCUCCAAAUUAAUCAGUCCAAAUACCAAAAAUUUAAAGUUCUCAUAUUUGUGGAAUCCAUAGAAUGUCUUAAAAAUUUACAACAACCUUGAAUUAUGGAAGAAGAGUCUAUAUUAUUAAAAAUGAAGAUUAAUAUCACAUAAAAUGACUGAAAAACAUACUGUUCACUGGUUUCGGAAAGGUCUGAGAUUGCACGACAACCCAAGUCUCCGACAAGGCCUGAAAGGAGCCAAAACCUUUAGAUGUAUCUUCAUUUUGGACCCGUGGUUUGCCAAUGCAUCAAAUGUUGGUAUUAACAAAUGGAGGUUCCUCCUUCAGUGUCUUGAGGAUUUGGAUCGCAGCCUCAGAAAGUUAAAUUCACGUCUCUUUGUUCUGAGAGGUCAACCUGCUGAUAUUUUACCAAAACUCUUCAAGGAAUGGGGAACUACUUGCCUCUCUUUCGAGGAAGAUCCUGAACCUUUUGGACGUGUACGCGAUCAGAAUAUUUCAACAAUGUGUAAAGCAAUGAAUAUUACUGUCAUAUCACUAGUGGCGCACACAUUAUAUAAACUAGAAUUUAUUAUUGAAAGAAAUGGAGGAAGGGCACCACUAACCUACCACCAGUUCCAAACUGUUGUCGCAGGCAUGGACAGUCCCCCUCUACCAGACCCUCCCGUCACUGCUGCUACAAUAGCAGAUGCUAUUUCACCCAUUUCUGAUAAUCAUGACGAAAAGUAUGGAGUACCCACCCUAGAAGAGUUAGGGUUUUGUACUGAAGGAUUAGUGCCUGGAGUUUGGCAAGGAGGAGAAAGUGAAGCUCUCUCAAGACUUGAAAGACAUUUAGAAAGAAAGGCAUGGGUUGCUUCUUUCGGAAAACCAAAAAUGACUCCACAAUCACUUUUGCCAUCUCAGACUGGCUUAAGUCCAUACUUAAGGUUCGGAUGUCUUUCUACUAGGCUCUUCUAUUAUCAACUCAACGAUCUGUACCGAAAGAUCAAAAAAGCUGUACCUCCGCUCUCUUUACAUGGCCAGGUACUUUGGAGGGAAUUCUUCUAUUGCGCCGCCACUAAGAACCCAAAUUUUGACAAAAUGAUCGGAAACCCAAUAUGUGUUCAAGUUCCUUGGGAUAAGAAUCCUGAAGCAUUAGCCAAAUGGGCCAACGGUCAAACAGGAUUUCCAUGGAUCGAUGCGAUCAUGACGCAACUGAGAGAAGAGGGAUGGAUUCAUCACCUUGCACGUCAUGCCGUCGCCUGUUUCUUGACCAGGGGUGAUCUCUGGAUCUCUUGGGAGGAGGGAAUGAAAGUAUUUGAAGAACUGCUGUUGGAUGCGGAUUGGUCUGUGAAUGCUGGCAUGUGGAUGUGGCUUUCUUGUUCAUCAUUUUUCCAGCAAUUCUUUCACUGCUACUGUCCGGUACGCUUUGGUAGAAAAGCGGAUCCCAAUGGGGACUAUAUUAGGAAAUACCUACCAGUUCUGAAGAACAUGCCUACAAAGUAUAUUCAUGAACCUUGGAAUUGUCCUGAGAGCGUGCAGCGUGCGGCAAAGUGUACAAUAGGUGUGGACUAUCCUCUACCUAUGCUUAACCAUAGUGUAGUCUCAAAGCACAAUAUCAAAAGGAUGAAACAGGUCUAUCUACAACUAAGGAAUUUUAAACAACCAGGUAUUCCACCUGCUCCUUUACAAGAAUCUCUUCUGGAAAAGAAAAAAGCUGAGGAAAAUUCCUAUGAAGAAAAUAUAUUUGCUACACCUUCCCAAACCUUCAAAGGGAAUAAUAUGAAAAAUGCCAAAUAAUUUGUAAUACUACUCAAUUCAGCAUGGUACUUUCAAUGAUACACAUAAAUUGGUUCCUUACAUUGAGAUACCAUGCAAAGAUGCUUUUGUUAGAUUGUAUUAGAAUAUUUAUUUCAUUUAAACAAUAUUUUAACUGGUUAGCUGCAGUUAAGGUCCCCGGGGCCUUAUAGCUUUAUAUCAGAUAUAAUGAUUAUUUACAUUUGUAUCUACCUUUACAUCUAUCCAACUUCCAUUCAAAUAUUUAAAAAAUCACCAUUUUAGAGACUUCAUAAGAUAGACAAAAUCCAAAACAAUCCCGACUGAAAUUGAGACGAAUGUCGGAACCCGUAACCGCAGGUAACAUGUUAAACAAGGCAGUUAAAUAUACUGAGGCUUUCAUAUUGUGUAAAUAUUUAUUUCAAAAUACAGUAUUUAUUAUUGUUAUUAUAGUAUUAUUUAAUUAAUGUUAUAUUCUACUUCGAACAAAUUCAAUCGAAGAGACUGAUUGUUAAAGUUUAUUUAAUUAUAGAAUUGAUAUUUUCAUUAUAAUAUAAAUUUUGUAAUCAAGAUAAAAAAAAAAUUUAUAUUAUUUUUUCAUGAUGUGUUAUUUUAGUAAUACUGAUAGUAAGUGAUAAUUCUCUGGUUUUCCCAUUAUAAUUACUGUGAAGGAAUGUUAAUACAGCCUUUUCUGUUUCUUAUCAUUUUUUUAUUUUUUGGAUUCC